AUGGCUGUGGGCGGAAGGACCCUCUCCCCAGCCAUGGACAGCCCCAGUCUUCGAGAACUCCAACAGCCCCUGCUGGUGGGUGGUGAGCUUCCCAUCCAGAAGUCCGAUGAGCCUGAGCUGGGGCCUCCCUUUCGAGAGACAGCCUUUGCGGAGUCGCUGAAGGGUUGGCAGUUCCUGCCACCAUCUCUUCCUUCUGUGAGUGCAGGACUAGGGGAGCCAGGGACCCCCGACUUUGAGGAUGUCUCAUCCAGUGAGAGUGACUCGGACUGGGGUGGGGGCGGCCCCCUCUCCCCGCUGCUGCCCCACGACCACCUCGGCUUGGCUGUCUUUUCUAUGCUGUGCUGUUUCUGGCCCUUGGGCAUCGCCGCCUUCUGCCUGGCCCAGAAGACCAACAAGGCUUGGGCCCAGGGGGACGUCCAGGGGGCAGGGGCCGCCUCCCGCCGAGCCUUCCUGCUGGGGGUCCUGGCCGUCGGGCUGGGCGUGUGCACGUACGCGGCCGCCGUGGUGACCCUGGCCGCCUACCUCGCCUCCCGGGACCCGCCCUAG